CCACCCGCACGACCAACCAGGGCCGGGGACAAACCAACCAAGAUGUUUUCAAGUCUGAGAAUGAUCACUGAGGAUGAAAUCUGAAGAACACAGAAGGAUGGAAAGAUGAUCAUGUUAUUCAGCCACUGAACUGGAAAACCCUAGGCUAGUCACUCUCCAAACAUCAACUGGAUGACUAAGAUGAAAGACAUGAAUGGAACCAACUGGUCUUGAGAUUCUGAAUGGAACAUUGGUAUGAAGUUACUUUGAGGCACCCACACAACCCCAACUGGAGCCGGGACAAACUGCAACCGAGGUCUCAUGGCAGAAUGGAAGACUCUACUGAAGCUAAAUCUUUGGCUACUGAGCCUAUUUAUUUCUUUGAUCAGAUGAAACCCAAAAGGAAAACAUGGGGAAAGAGAAAAUGCAAAGACCAUUUCCCCCACUUGAGAGACACCUCAAGAGCUACGCAUAGUUCUACAAAGAGUAAGGAAUGUGGAGAACUAGAAGAGAGAUCAAGACUAUCUACAGUAGCUACAUUGGAGGAGAAUUAUGAGUUUCACUCAUCUGCCAUUUUACAAACACCUUCCAAGUUAUACCUACAAAAGAAUCUGUUUGAAGAAUACAAACUCAUUGCUGCUGAAAUACUGUGUGAACUUGGGGAAACAUUGCAGAAAUAUGCUGAGUAUAAUAUUACUGUCCCUGUGGGAACUGUAAAUCUUGUGAAUUACAAUUGGCAUGAUCUCAUUGAAGGAGCUUAUGAGUGUGAAACCAAAAAGUCAACGUUGAAGAGACACAGUACCUUGCAAAGUGAUUGCAAUCCCAUGACCACAGUUGACAAAACCAACUGUUCAAGAAUAGGGUGUUGUAAGGAAAAUCAUCUUGUAAAAGCAGAAAAAGACCACCACCAUAUUGCAUCAAGUAAAUCUACGGAAAAAACAUCUGUUCUCAGCCAGAAGCAGUAUUGCCAGAUCUCCCAGGAUAGGUUACCUGUUGUCAUCCACUUCUCACUGUCAUCCCAGAUCUGUUUAGAAAAUGGUUGGCUCUGUCAAUAUCCUUACUCAAAAUCGGAAAUUCUGAAAUGGAAGACAGUCCUCAAUAUUGCUGUGAAGAAGCUACAAGGAGCCAUAAUUCAAAUAAAAACAGAAGAAGCUAAGCUGAAGAAAGAGGGAUUCAACAAACAACUUAUCCUGCGCCACUAUAAUGAUCCUAAAGCCGAGGAGGAGGUGAACAACAGUCCCCUUACUUCUCCGUGUUUCUGGCUGGAGCUGCUGGAGAGGAAGCCUCAGAUGCCAGAAGUCAAAGAGGCUGACCCAGAGAUGAAAAAGUUCCAUUACGCCUUGGUAGAUGGUUCCUCCAUGACCUACUAUCCUUCUGGUUGUGUAGCUGUCUGCCAAAGCUAUUCUGCCCUCCCUUUUGGUGGUGUGUACACUAACAUAUUCAGUGACUUGCCAGAUCAAGUUAUCCUUGGGACCUUUACACCUUUUGGAUGUGGUAGCCUUUCUUUUCCUAAGAGCCAAAUAAUAUCAAUGAUGUUUAAUCAGGAUGGAGGCAUGGUGAUCAGCAAAACAGGAAACAUUAUAAGGGAAUGGAAAUGGCCUUUAAAAGGAAAACUUCAUGAGCCAGUUGAAAUUUCGGUGAAUAAGUUCAUCACUGUGAAGAUUUCUGGGCGCUUUACCAUCACCUUGGUCUACACAUGGCAUCCUGAAAGUCUAAAACUGUCUCUGGCACCUGUAAAAUGCAAGUCUUUUCCUCCAUACUUCCCUGAGGUGCCUUCAAGUUUAUCAGGUCUAGUGGAUACAUCUGUAACAGACAUAAGCCCUAUGUCUGACAUUGGGACAAUCAUUAAAUUAAAAAGACUGCAGGAAAAGGCCAAGCACAUCCUAUUUAGCUGGUUGGAUCACUACAAAUUCUCACUGGGAAUGGAAUCAUUGCAAGUGUGCAAAGUGCCCAGGUUUCCACAAAAACUGGUUGGGAAACAAAAAGUCUCACCAGCAGAAUUUUCUACAAAACCAAGUGCAAAGGGAAAAGAUGAGACUAAGGAAUAUCUUCUAUACCGAAAUACAUUCCUAAAACUGACGGGUGUCUUCAAGCCUUCACCUCUCCCUCGUAUCCACAAGACCCCAGCCAGCAAUCAGUCCUUCAGGCCUCCUCUUUCCAUUAAGAGCAAGGAUGCAUGGUUUGCUUCCCACCUGGUUUGUCCUGUGGUCCUAAGGCAGGCACUGUGUGGGAAGGAAGGGGACACAUGCCGAUGUAGCACUUACAUCAUUCCUGAAGUGACAGACCUGGAGUAUGAUCACCUUAUAAGCAAAAAGCUGUCUUCCGUGGACCAGAUUAUUAUAGUCUAUGUGCUCUCAGCUAAGGAAAAGAACAAGGCUAUAAGGGAAGUGACCGGAAUGUACAGGGAACAGAACAGAACUAGAAGCAUGCCUUGCCCUCAGAGUCAUUUGGAUUCCUUUCGAUUUCUCAAAUACAACAUCAUCUCUGCAUCUAAAUUUACCAGCAGCAAUUGUCCACUUCUGGUUCAAAGGCACAAUGUCAUUCCAGGAAUUUUUUUGAUGUACAUCCAAGGAAAAUUACUAUUUGCCAACUUUAUUUUCAAUGGUUAUGGCACAUCUGCUAAAGACAUUCAAAAGCAAAUUGUGAAGACAAGGGGUGAUUAUCAUAUGGGAUAUUUCCUACCCAAUGACUUCAAAAUCCGGGCUCAACCUAUUUCAUGUUUUGGAAAUGUAAGAUAUACUUCUGUAAAAACAGAAACAAAACAACAAUAAAAACAACCUCACCCA